GGUGGGGUGAGGGCAAAGGAGGGGUGCUUUCCGACAGACCUUGACAGCUAGGGAUGGGGCAGGUGAUGCAGAGGAGCAGACUGUCGGCCAGCUCCCAGCACAUUUGAGCAGCCGCCUUGCUGAGAGGCCUGAAGCGCUCACAUUGUGUUCCUGGAUCCCUCCCCGUUCAUCAGCGCUGGGAAGAGAGAAGCAGCUACUUGGUUCCUCCUGCUGGUGGAGGUCAGGAAUCCUAAGCAGCUUUCCAAGGAAGCCAGUGGAGCCGGCUGGUAGCUUUGUGCCUCUUGCUUGAUUGCUUCUGACUUGUCUCUCUUUUCUUCUGGACUGUUCAGUCUAGGACAACGCAGGGCAGAUACCUAUGAUGGUGGUAGGAUACACUGUGCACAUGCCUGUGUGUAUGUACCUCUCUCUCGUUUUCCGUCCGCCCCCCCCCAACGCCCUGGUGGCCAGCAGAGGGCGCAAGGAGUCCACGCACGGGUUGCUGUCUGGGACUCUUGUCUAUGAGCCCUCUCCACCCUGCCUGCUCCGUAGUGGGAUUGCCUGCAGCCGAGAGGAUCCCCCUGCCCCAGCUCAGAUGUUCAGUGACAACACUGUGUACCUCCAUGGCAAAUGUUGUUCUUUAGGAAGAUGAGCUGUUUAAGAGCUUGGCUUUUUGGUGCCCAAACCUGCCCAUUUCCCCUUCAUAGACAGACAGAUCUCAAUAUAAUUCUCUUCUCUGUAAGGAUUUUCUCUUUGGGAGAUUUUCUGCCCCUUUGUCACAGCCCCUGUUUGCAGGGGUGGCAUCUCCACUGGCUCUUUCUAGUCUUGAAUGUGGCUGCAGUAACUUGGAGCCUGGGGGAUCAUAGAAACCAGUCUUCUUGACUGCUUCUCAGGACAUUAAGCAUUCGGUUUUUCACUGGUGGUGUGAUUUGACUGUCCAGUCCGGAAGAUUAUGAUCAUCAGCCAAAGAUUGCCUCCCUACCAGCUUCACAGAGGGUUCCAGAAUCCAUGAAAACCAGAUUGGUUGUGUGCAGCCCGCUCUGUGCUUUUCCUCUAUUGUUUCUAUCUCUCCCCAUCUCAUUAGAUGAAGAGUGUGAACAUUUCCUCCUGGCAACCGCACGCAGUCCCCCUCCAAAUGCGGGCUUUGGAAAGAAGACAUACAUUUGGAGAGAGGACAUAACACCUUUGAAACUCCUUUCUGAUUAGCAUGUUUUACAGUCCACUCCGAUUUCUUUAACAAUUCUGGGAACCCAUGUGUUUUUUGUUUUUGUUUUUUUCCCCGUCCCCUCACAGACUAGACUUCUAGUUCAUCCAGAUCUAAUAGGAAAGGAGCACACUCAUACGAGAGCAGCCUCAUGCCCAGGGGACGCCUUCUCCUCUGCGUAGGGUUUCCCACGCUCGGCACUGUCGACAUCCGAGCUGGCUCAUUCCUUGUCUUGGGGCCCAUCCUGUGCGUUGUGGGAGGCUGAGCAACACCCUUGGCCUCCACGCACUAGGUGCCAUAGCACCUCCGAGUCACGACAACCAAAGCAUCCUCAGACAUUGUCAGAUAAUCCCUGGUGGGGGUGGCGAGGCAAAGUCCCUCCCGGGUGAAACCCACUGCUCUGCCCUAUUCCUAAUUCAAGGGUCAUUCUCUUCCCUGUCGGAAGGACUGCCGCCCUCCACAACAGACCCCCUUGGGGUCCAGACUCACUUCUUGUGACGAGCAAUGCCAGGCCUCGUCAUUGCUGUCUUCUCAGGAAGCUCAUUGAUCCUCCUGUUUUGUGUCUAGUAACGAAGUUUAUUGAUCAGGGAGGGCCAAUGGCAGUUUAUAAACAGCUGAAACUGCAGUCCACAGAUGAGUGGAGGAGAGGGUGAGUGGGGAGGGGGCAGUGCCUCUGCAGAGAGCAUUGGCAUCAGAGCAGAAAGACAAGCUGAGGCACAGGCUGUACCUGGGGCCUGGGGUGUGAGUGGCAGCCAGACCCCAGGGGCCACUGAGCUUGGACAUCGAUGCUGUCUGAGGCCCUCUGGGGUUCUCGCAAGGACUGUAUUUUCCUAGUCUUUUUUCCCCCAGACUUCUCAGAGCAGAGCUGCCCUCAAAUAGCCCAGGAGGAACAUGUCCCUGGCUUUCCCCUUGGGGAUCCUAGAGGCUCUUCUGAGCCACCAGCAUUAGAGGGGAGCUGUCACUUCAUUUUUCUUUCUGUUCUCAGAGAAACCGGGAGCUUGAGACCCGUGACAUCAAACACGAGCAGUCAGUCUGAACGGGAGUUUGGACUGGCUGUCUGCGGCCAUGACCCUGAGGUUGUAGGGCCUGGAUGCUUUUUUCAGAGCUGUUACACCUGGUCUUUAAAGCUGGAAUCACAUAUGGAAUUUAGCACAGGUGGAAUUCUCACUGUACAGGAUGGGAGAUGGUCAGGGACUUGCUACGGCCAGGAAGCGAGAUCAGUGACACUAGGGCUGGAAGCUGCGUCUCCAUCUCCUGGUUCAGGCCCCACCGGAGGGAGAAGGGAGCAAGGUCUGCCGCUGCAGAGGGAGCUUCCACGUGCACCUUCCAAAGGAAGCAUCCUCCCUGGCAAACAUUCUGACCUGGGGGUCAACUUGUUCUAUUUCUGCAUCAUCAUUUACCUGUAUGGGGAUUUGGCCAUCUACGCUGCCGCCGUGCCCUUCUCCCUCAUGCAGGUGACCUGCAGUGCCACCGGCAACGAGUCCUGUGGUGUGGAGGCCGACAGCAAGCACAAUGACACGGACCCGUGCUGGGGGCCCCUGCGCCGCGUGGACGCCUACCGCAUCUACUUGGCUGUCUUCACUCUCCUCCUCGGACCCUUCACCUUCUUUGACGUCCAGAAGACCAAGUACCUGCAGAUCCUGACCUCCCUGAUGAGAUGGGUUGCCUUCGCCAUCAUGAUCGUGCUGGCGCUGGUCCGCAUCGGGCACGGGCACCGGCAGGGGCACCCGCCCCUGGCUGACCUCUCGGGGGUCCGGAACCUGUUCGGCGUGUGCGUCUACUCCUUCAUGUGCCAGCACUCUCUGCCGUCCCUCGUCACACCUGUGUCCUCCAAGCGCCACCUCACGUGCCUGGUCUUCCUGGACUACGUGCUCAUCCUCGCCUUCUAUGGCCUCCUCUGCUUCACCGCCAUCUUCUGCUUCCGCGGCGACAGCCUCAUGGACAUGUACACCCUCAACUUUGCACGCUGUGACGUCGUGAGCGUGGCCGCCGUGCGCUUCUUCCUGGGCCUCUUUCCCGUCUUCACCAUCAGCACCAACUUCCCCAUCAUCGCUGUGACCCUCCGCAACAACUGGAAGACGCUCUUCCACCGUGAGGGGGGCACGUACCCCUGGGUAGUGGACCGCGUGGUGUUCCCCACCAUCACCCUGCUGCCCCCGGUGCUGGUGGCCUUCUGCACCCAUGACCUGGAGUCCCUGGUGGGCAUCACGGGGGCCUACGCAGGCACGGGCAUCCAGUACGUCAUCCCCGCCUUCCUGGUGUACCACUGCCGCAAGGACACCCAGUUGACCUUGGGCUACGGGACCGUCAACAAGCAUAGGUCCCCUUUCCGCCACACCUUCUGGGUGGGCUUUGUGCUGCUCUGGGCUUUCUCCUGUUUCUUCUUCGUCACCGCCAACAUCGUCCUCAGCGAAACCAAGGUCUGAUGGCAGGAUGUGCCUGAUGGUAAGAGACCACUCCAGUGCCCCCGCUCACCUCCCCACCUGCAGAGCCAAGAGCUAGCUCCUUCCCAGGGUUCCUUGGGGCAGGCGAGGCCGGAUUCUUGGAGGGGACCCUCCACGUCUCUGGCCGGGGGUCUUCUCUCCCCGCCAGGAUUCUGCACAGUCUGUACUGUGCCUCACUCACUGGGCAACCUUUCCCCCCGGGUCCCCUGCGUGGAGCUGCCCUUGACCAGCCAAGCUGCACGGCCUGGGCACACAGCUGCCCCAGACUCCGGGCUUGGCCACUGCUCCCCACACAGGCCCCACCAGACAACCACCAGGGGCAGGCUCCUCCCCCGCGCAGUGGGGACACUGCUGGCACUGCCACUGUUCAUACCAGACGCCACGUCCCCUCCUCCUUUGUCCCAGCCCCUCAUGCAUCCUAGUUUGGGGAAUCUGCUGCACAAGUAGCUGCUGCCUCCGGGCGAGUCCCAGGCCCUAAACCUCCCCACCAGGAUUGCCAGGUCCCACCUUCCCCUCAGGCCUGGAGUGGCCAGGUGCCGCUCCUAGGGGAGGGCCUGGCCAGCCCCCAUGACAAGAACAGGAAGUGCUCAUCGGCACCAGGGUCCCUGGACUGUCGCUGUGAGGGCCCCUGCCGUGGGGUGCCAGCACCAGUCCUGAGCUCCUGAGCCCGUGAUGACUCAGCCCGGGAGACGGUUUAAAGCCCAGAGCCUGUGACCCCUCAAAGGGAUCCGCUGCUCUCCUGACUGCCCCGUGGGACCCGCGGGGUCUCCUGCACUACGGGGGGCAGUGUAUAAGGACCACGAAAGGGAGCCACCCCCAGCCACCACCACAGUGGCUUGGGAACGCCCUGAGCAUGUGGCGGUGAGGGGGCUCUGCUUCCCACCCUCCAAGAGGUCAGGCCUGUGGGGCAGCAGCAGGCUUGGCUGUCCCCACUCCAGUACUAAAGGUGGCCCCCUUUUGAGCCAGGCUGUGGGUGCUCUGUUCAUACUCUCCAUGACCCUUGGGUGCUGUGGAGUGAGAUGGGGCACCAGGCACCAUUCUCAUGGAAGGGGAGGUGAGUUUCUGGCCACCUCACCAGCUCUUCCGUGGCCCCAUCCCUGUCACAAGCAUGUAUGCGUCUGCUGGGCCAGCCUUCCUUGAAAACACAGGUGACUAGUGAACUCUGCAUUUUCAGUGUGCCUUCUGCUUCAGGACCUGGGGGUCCUUCCUGACCCUCCCUGGCACCCCCCCCAGCCCUGGGCCUGGCCCACCUGUCCUGGAGCCCAGAGCAGCUUGACCUGGAGCUGCCCGCCUGGGGUAGGUCCUCAGGUCCCCAACACCUCCUCCUUUUGAUUUCAGUGCCUUGCGCAGCCCACAUUCAGGAACCUUUGCAGCCUCCUGCAUGGCGUGGUAUUCAUACCUUGAAAAGUGACCACGCUGGCUCUCCUGGGGCCCAUGGUGGUCUUGGAGGGAGAGGGAGGAAGACCUGGGAUAUGUACGAACUGGGGAGUCCACAGGCGAUGCCACCCCCCACCCUGGCCCCUGGCCACCACAGCCCGUGAGAACCCCGGGUCGUGCGUGAUUGGCCGCGGUCUGUGUUCUCACUGUUGUACACUUCUUAGUCCGUCCCCAAGUAUUGUGAUUUUCCAUCCAUGUGAACACUAGACCACCCUAACCCCAUCUGCCACGGCGACUUCUUCCCAGGAGGCUCCAGCCCCCGGUGGGCAGAGCAGGGAGGGCUCCCAAGGGGCAGGCACUCCGUGGCUCCAGCCCUACCUGGAGCUCCCCAGCUGUUUGCUAAAAACGCAAAACAUCUGUACUUCCCCUUCUCCAGUUACAUCCCCUCUUGCUUAAGGACAAAGCAAAUUAAAUCAUCCUGCCGCCCCAGGCUCCAAACCAAAUAUUGGAGGUGAGUUUAUUAGCAUCAUAAGGCCCAGGUUGAUUUAUGUGACAAUCUGGAGGCAAACAGCAGUGCCAGGUCAGUGGCUGCAUUCCCCUCCUCGGCAGCCCCAGGCCUUGGAGGGACCGAAUCGGCCCUAAGUGGCCACGUCACUGACGGUAAGCCAGGGUACUCCCUACCACUGCUGUCUGGGCUCCUUUGCUCCUCGGCGUUCACCUGCUGUCUGACCACUUGGAGGUCAGAUGGGGUCGCCUUCCUCUCUACUGAUAGCCAGGGGAGCUUAGGGAAAGAGGGGGGUACCGCCAGCAGCUAGACAGACCCCCGAUGAUGCCUGUUCACCCAGUGCAUCAGGCACGCUUGGCUGCAAGUGCUUAUUACAUCGGUGUGGCAAGGUGGGCGAGUGGGAUCAUGAUUUCCAUUUUACAGAUGGGCCCCCGGGGCCAGUGGCAGGGAGGACAGAGGAAGAGGCCCGCCGGCCUGGCCUGGGUACAGAUGUGGCUGUGGAGGAGCACAUAACCUCAGUAGCCUCCACCUGGUGCCUUUCACCCAGACUGGCCCCAAGGGCAGGCUGGGCCAAGGUGGGAGUCCCCGGGCCCUCGGGCCCUGGGGCCAGGGGCUCCUGCCUGUUCCCUCACCUGAGGCCAGAGAGGCGGCUACGGUCUUAUGGAUGGGGCAGAUGGCACGUGACAGGCUGGGAGGCACUGCUGAGUGGUGGAAGGUGGGCAGCGGGCACCUUGCCAGGCCCUUAGCGACACAGCUGUUCUCGCCACAUGGCGGCCGGGAGCAGCCUCGGCAAUAGGCAGACUUAAAGUCAGAGUGGUAGAGGAUGGGGGCUGCGCCCCACCUCAGGGGAAUCCAGCCCCAGGGGAGGAGCCUGGCAGGGCCCAGCCCUCGGGCGUGUGACCACACCUGUCUCCACCUCUCUUGGUGUGGCGUCCGAGUCCCGGGAAGGGCUGACCCCAAGCUGGCCAUGCUAACAGCCACUGAAAAGCUGCCCUUCUGAAACCAAGACCCAGGACUGCAGGAGAGAGCUUUGCAAACCUUCUCCCCCACACCCCACCCGGGGCUGGGGCUCAUGGUGUCGGUAGGAGAAAGGGAGAAUAGCUUCCUGAGUGCCUGGUAUGUGCCAGGCGUGGUGCCGGGUGCUUUCCGCAUGAACCUUGGCGUAACUUAGGGAUUGAGAACGUGGAUCAAGAAGUCAGAGCUGCCCCUUGCAGGUGGCAAGCCUCCAUGCUCAUCCCCGUCAUUUGUAACACGGAGGCAAUAGUACCUGCAGCCCUGAUCGGCUGUGGGAAGCCUGUGACCAGGCUUAGUGCCUGGCACAAAAGUGCUCAAUAAAGCUAUUACG